AUGAUCACCAACGAGCCGGAGAUGAGGAGAAGGUUGGCGCAGUCAGGACGCCCUCGCACAGAGGAGCGGGAGUGUCGCCUGAAGACUCUGUUGCUGCGAGUCGGAGACCUGGGACUUGGAUACGACUCUGAAGAGACCGUCCUGUUCAAGUACUGCGGGGGCGGAUGCUCCAGAUCCCGUACAAACCAUGACCUGACGCUGUCGCGGCUGCUGCAGAAGAGCGACCUCCCUUCCCUUCUGGAGGAGAAGAUAUUCGGAGGACCCUGCUGCCGUCCCACGCACUAUGAAGACGUCGCCUUUCUAGAUGACAGUCACCGGUGGCACACAGUGGAAAAGCUGUCCGCCGCAGCAUGUGGCUGUGUAGGGUGA